ACAUUUCUCUAUUCAAACCAAAUUAAAAAUAUCGUACAAUAGCAAAAUAUGAGAUGUAACUGAACAAUUUUAGUAGCACUACGAACAACACUCGUGUUGUCUAAGAACUGAUGCACUGAACUUUGCAUUAAUUGUACGUGUUUUUUAUUUUAAAAAAUGGUAUCGAAAUAAAAAGUAUUGUAGCACGAUCAACGGCAGAUGAUGCACUGGAAGAAAAAUAAAACACUCUCAACGCGACCUUUGCUCCACUCCGCAUAAAAAAAAUUGUUUCCUUCUGUUUUUAAAAUAACUGUGUUUUGGAAUAACAAGGUACUUUAGCAAAUGUUAAAAUUGCGCAAUUUCAAUAAAAUAUGAAUGCGAAAGCGAACGCCGAUGGUUGACUAGUACUGUAGAAAAACGUCGAUACUAUUGAGUACCGUGCAACGUGCAGCUCUAUGACUGCGAUAAUGUCACGGAAUGACGAUAUGGUAUACGCUUUUGCCCCCCAUAAAUUCUUAACUCUGCCAUUAGGCGUUUGGCCCUUGCAAAAAUAUAAUGUAUGUUCCGCAGUACGUGCUUUCGUAUGCAGCUUCGGUUUGACCGUGAUGAUGAUCAUGUUGUUCCUCGAAAUUUUUCUCGGUAGCGUCGAUACAACGGUGAAACUCGAUUCUCUUAUGCUCAUGAGCUGCAACAUUCUCUCUGUACUAAAGCUAGUAUUCUUCCGCAUAUACGCCGACAAUCUGAUUCGCAACUUUACUUCUGCUGCGAACGAUUAUCUUGCGGUCGACACUGAGGAGAAGCGUACGAUAAUGCGGCGGCACGCAUUCAUGGGAAGGAUGAUGUGUUACAGUAUCCUAUUUUUCGCUUAUUUUGCUGCGACCAUUUUCGGUUUGUUGCCUGUACUAGCAGGCGGUGAAGAUAUCCAAGUUAAUGAAUCCAUUAAGAAUCAAGCAUCGGAAUUACCCAUGCCCUUAACAUGCAUUUUUGGAAACUCUUCUGUACCUUCAGGUUUAUAUUUGGCGGUCUCUACGGUGCAAUAUGUUCUAUUGAUGCUCAAUGCCAACGGCAAUUGUGGAAUUGAUUCACUUUUUCUCGCAAUUAUUAUUCAUAUUUGCGGGCAAAUGGAAAUCCUAAAAAUUGAAUUUUCCAAUUAUGGCGUGAAAAGGAAAAAUCUAAGUGAAGAUUUUUCAGUAUUGGCAUCAAGACAUCGUUAUCUAAUAGAGCAUACAGAACUUCUGAUAGAUGUAAUAAGUUUUGUUUUGCUUGUACAAAUGCUGUUUAGUUCUAUUCUUAUUUGCAUAAUGGGUUUUCAGUUUAUCUUGGCGUUAAAACACCAUGACGUAGUGACGAUAACUAAAACAACAACAGUGUUGGGGGCUCUACUGUUACAGUUGUUCUCUUAUAGUUUCGCGGGCGAUUAUCUAAAGUGUCAAAUGGAAGAAGUAGCAAAUUCGAUCUACACCUGUAAUUGGUACAACCUUCCACUGAAAUUAAUGAGAAAUGUUGCGUUCGCCAUCAUGCGGUCGCAACAACCUGUUCAGUUGCUAGCCGGCAGAUUUUUCGUUGUGAACAUUGAGACUUAUAUGACCAUAUUAAAAAGCUCAAUCUCAUACUUAUCCGUCCUACGGGUGAUGGUGGACACGUGUUUCCAACUCAUCUUGGCGUUAAAACAUCAUGACGUAGUGAUGAUAAUUAAAACGAUAACAGUGUUGGGCGCUCUACUGUUACAGUUGUUCUUUUAUAGUUUUGUGGGCGAUUAUCUGAAGUGUCAAAUGGAAGAAGUAGCGAAUUCGAUAUACAGCUGCAAUUGGUACAACCUUCCAUUGAAAUUAAUGAAGAAUAUUGUGUUCACCAUCUUGCGGUCGCAACAACCUGUUCAGUUGCUAGCUGGUCGAUUUUUCACCGUGAUGAUGAUCUUGGUGUUUCUCGAAAUCAAUUUUGGUAGCGGCAAUGCGUACGUACAGCUCGAUAAUUUUGAAAUUAUAAUCUGCGACAUUCUUGGUCUACUGAAGGUACUGUCCUUCCGCAUAUAUGCCAAUAAUUUGAUUCGCAAUUUCUCUUCUGCUGUGGACGACUAUCUCGCGAUAGAUACCGAGGAGAAACGCAUGAUUAUGCGGCGGCACGCUUAUAUGGGAAGGAUUGUGUGCUAUAGUAUCUUAUUUAUGGCUUAUUUUGCUUCGACAACUUUUAUGCUGAUGCCUAUGAUAGCAGACGAUACGGAAGUCAAAGUUAAUGUAUCCAAUGACGUAUCGGAAUUACCCUUGGCCAUAACAUUUUGGGGGGAGAUGCAUAUAUCUACGAGUUUAUACGUGUUGAUCUCUACGUUACAAUAUACCGUAAUGAUACUUAUUUGUACCAGCAAUGUUGGUUUCCAGCUUAUCUUGGCAUUAAAAACAUUUGACCUAGUAAUGAUAAUGAAAACGACAACUGUGACAAGCGCUCUAAUGUUAGAGAUGUUUUUCUACAGUAUUGUGGGCGAUUAUCUGAAGUGUCAAAUGGAAGAAAUUGCGUACUCGAUCUACAGCUGCAAUUGGUACAACUUUCCAUUGAAUUUAAUGAGAAAUGUAGUGUUCGUCAUUAUGCGGUCGCAACAACCUGUUCAGUUCGUAGCCGGCAGAUUUUUCGUCAUAAACUUAGAGAGUUUUAUGACCAUAUUAAAAAGCUCGCUCUCGUACUUAUCCGUCCUGAGGGUAAUGGUGGACGCCGAACCAUCGUCGAUGAUCGACUCAUAUUACGGACAAAAAGAUAUCAUUGAAUAUCGUGCAACGUGGCAGCUCUACAAUAUGACUACGAAAAUAUCAUGGAAUGACGAUGUGGCAUACGCUAUGACUCCCCUCAAACUCUUAACUCUACCAUUAGGCAUUUGGCCAUUACAAGAAUAUGAUAUAUUUUCUUUAGUCCGUUCUAUCGUGUGCGGCAUCGGUAUGACCGCGAUGAUGAUCACGUUGUUCCUCGAACUCAAUUUCGGUAGUGGUGAUGCGUACAUAAAAGUCGAUGGUCUUAUGAUCAUGGUGUGCAACGUUCUCGCUGUACUAAAAUUAUUGUCAUUCCGCUUAUACGCUGACAAUCUGACUCGCAAUUAUUCUUCUGCUGUGAACGAUUAUCAUGCAAUCGACACUGAGGAGAAGCACACGAUCAUGCGGCGGCACGCUUACAUGGGAAGGAUGAUUUGCUAUAGUACUCUAUUUUUUGCCUAUUUAGCUUCAACAAUUUUCAUGCUGGUGCCUAUGAUAGCAGACAAUAAGAACGUCCAAGUUAAUGUAUCCAUUAAGAAUCAAGCAUUGGAAUUACCCGUGCCUUUAACACUUUUAGAAGACUUGCAUAUGCCUACGAGUUUAUUCUGGUUGAUGUCUACGAUACAAUAUGUUAUAUUGAUGAUCAAUUGCACCAGUAAUUGUGGAAAUGAUUCACUUUUUCUCGCAAUUACUCUUCAUAUUUGCGGACAAAUGGAAAUCCUAAAAAUUGAAUUGUUCAAUUACGGCGUUAAAAGCAAAGACAUAAAUGAAGAUUUUUCAGUAUUGGCAUCAAGACAUCAUUAUCUAAUAGAGCAUGCGGAACUUCUGGUAGACACAAUAAGUUUCGUUUUGCUUGUGCAAAUGCUGUUUAGUUCUAUUCUUAUUUGCUUAAUGGGUUUCCAACUUAUUACAGCAUUGAAAGCACAUGACGCAGGCAUGGUAACUAAAACUACAACGGCGUUGAGCGCUUUCCUGUUACAGUUAUUUUUCUAUAGUUUUGUGGGCGAUUAUCUGAAAUGCCAAAUGGAAGAAGUUGCGUACUCAAUCUUCAGCUGCAAUUGGUACAAUUUGCCAUCGAAAUUGAUGAAGAAUGUUUUGUUCGUCAUCGUACGAUCGCAGCAACCUGUUCAGCUAUUAGCUGGUAGAUUUUUUGCCGUAAACAUCAAGACUUAUAUGACUAUAUUAAAAAGCUCGCUUUCGUAUUUGUCUGUCCUACGAGUGAUGAUGGACGCGUAAGGUUUCUGUUGAGAGAAAAACUCGAAAAGAUAACAUUUGUAUACACACACGUAAGCAAUUGGCCGCGUUCAGCAGACACAACUGUUGAGUUCGUCUUAUCAACGCUCUGCGUUGC